AUGGCCAGGCGGAAUAACAAGUCCAACAAUGCAGCGAGACCGAGAAAUAUUCCCACAGAAAAACCUCCUGAACCAGUCGUGAAGCAGUCCGCAGCUCCGACAGUCAACAAGCCAAAAUCCGUCUGGUCAACUUUAGGCGACACCAAAGUCCAAAGAGCUCUCCAGCUCAUUCUCCUAGCCGCUCUCUACGCCCCAGUCUCGCAGCUGAAUCUAUCGCCUGUGUAUGGCGCCGUUCCCGCUGCUCUAUAUCACAGCUAUGGGCUCAUGGCAUCCUUCAUGCUUGCCUUUGCUCUCCGGGGAUAUCUACCAUCUUGGAUCGCUCAAACCAUCACACCCUUCUGUAUCUGGAUACCCACCAUUCAAUUCUUGCUGUUCCAGCUUAGCUCAAUCCUCGGAAACCCUUUAGGAGCUCUGGUCACAGAGGCAUUUACAUGCUAUCCCCUGGUUGUUCUUUCGGUGUACAUGGCCAUGCAGUACUUUGACGAGGUUGACAUCGGCCAAUUCAAUUCAACUUAUGGCGAAGCUGUGCCUUCUAUGGGGCUGUUUAUGCUCUUUACAAUUCUUCAACGAGCCUGCAAAAGUUUUGUCCUUUCCCUCACUGGACCUUACUUUCUCCGGUCACGAAUUGGACUACAGUUGGUCGUGGCCUCACUGUACGGAAUGGUACUGCCGAAAAGCCUUAUUUGGCCCACCCUGCCAGGACUAGCCUUUACCAUGGUUGCCAAUCCACAUUGUGCGCUCUCGAGAACCACAGAAGUAUUAAACAACACCUUGGGUCUGUACGACUAUACUUUACUGGAACGAAAAGAAUCCGUGACCGGAUACAUCUCCGUUCUAGAGGAUAAUCAACGAGGAUUUCGAGUGAUGAGAUGCGACCAUAGUCUCCUUGGUGGUGAAUGGAAGCUCUCUGCCUCCAAGGGGGAUGAGAGGAAAGUGGGCGAGCCCAUAUAUGCCAUCUUCACCAUGCUUGAAGCAGUUCGACUGGUGGAAACGUCUUCAUCUGACCAACAGAAGACGGCUUUGAACAUUGGUUUGGGAGUUGGGACCGCUCCUUCUGCCCUAAUUGCCCACGGAGUCAAUACCACCAUCCUGGAGAUUGACCCGGUGGUCCACGAGUUUGCGGUCAAAUACUUUGCGCUUCCUCGUAAUCACAGCUACUAUAUUGGCGACGCGGUGGCAGCAGUCAGAAGCGCUAAUUCGUCAGAGGUCAAUUCAUAUGACUAUAUCAUUCACGACGUCUUCACGGGAGGAGUGGAGCCUGUUGAGCUCUUCACCGCGGAGUUUUUGUCAGGUCUGCAUAUGCUACUUAAACCAGAUGGAGUAAUAGCAAUCAACUACGCCGGUGACCUUAUGAUGCCGGCCGCAUCUCUCAUUUAUCGCACUGUCACGUCGGUUUUCCCGUCCUGUCGAGCAUUUAGAGAAGAUGAAGCCCCGGCUCCGGGAGUCAAGGCAGAAGACUUCACGAACAUGGUCUUCUUUUGCCGAAAGAGAGUCAUUCCUGUAAAAUUCCGGAAACCCAUGGCAGCGGAUUUUCUUGGAAGCGGAGCUCGUAGAGAAUUCUUACUUCCCAAACACGAAAUCUUACCAGAGACAUUUGAGAAGAAUGGUGAUGUUCUCAAAAGUGGCAACACCAAACAACUUGAACAAUGGCAAGCGAAAAGUGCCCUAGGCCAUUGGAAUGUCAUGAGAACAGUGCUUCCAGACGCCAUCUGGGAGAACUGGUGA